UACAAAAAUUACAAGAAAUUAAGGAAAAAUUAUAAAAAAAAUUCAAUUUUUAGAACAAAUUUUACAAAAACAAUUUUUAAAUAAGAAAAAAUAAAAUUGAGGAUUUGUGAAAAAAGUGACGUUAAAAAUUGAAAUUUUGCCAAUUUUUAAAAAGCUAUUAAAAAAAUAAAAAAUUCAUCAAAUCGCAAAAAAGUGAGCAAAAAAUUCCUACAAAAAUUAUACAAAAAAAAACCAUGCAACAAAACAAACAAAGCCUCUUCCCAGCAUUUCAAUGCCUCAGCAUCCCAAUUACCCUCCAAAAAGAAGUCGCAAUCGAUCACGACGGCCAAGAAGUAGCAAAAUGUGGCUUUAAAAUCGGCGGUGGAAUCGACCAAGACUUUACAAAAUCCCCGCAAGGCUACUCAGACUAUGGAAUUUAUGUGACUGACGUUACGCCAGACUCAGCAGCUGAUCGUGCUGGAUUAAGGAUGCACGACAAGAUCCUACAAUGUAAUGGAUAUGACAUGACUUUGUGUACACAUAAAAAGGCUGUUCAGAUCAUCAAGAAGACAAAUGUGCUGAAUUUAUUGGUUACAAGGAAGGGCGUCACUCAUAUGUAAGGUGGGAUUUGUUAUGGAUUCUUUUAAUUUUUUUUUUUUUGGGUGUGUGAUUUUGAAUGGGAUGUGAUUCAGAGUGGAAUGGGAUGCAAAGAAGAUUGAAUGGAUUGAGAUGUGAUCGAGGUUUAGCUAUGCUUUAAACUACACUUCAGAUUACACCUCAAAUCAUGCUUAAAUCACCCUAAGGGAGUAUUUGAAUUUAAAUGGAGCAGUCAGC